AUGUCGUCCGCAGAGGAAUCGCCUGCGCAACAGGCUGCGCGCCUACGCCGCGAACGCCGUGAGGCCAAGAUCAAAGCUGGAGGAAGUGCUCGACUGGAUAAAAUCACCAGUCUGAGUGGCCGGACGCCAGCUAGUUUACACGAUGCGUCGCCUUCACCGUCACCUCAACCACGUCCUCAGGCUGGAUCUACCCCGUAUCUCCCCACACAAACACAACCAUCACAACCCUCACCUCAACCCCCAACCCCAGCAACAGGAGCAGCUGAAAACGACACCGAAACCAUUCGUGCACAACAAGAAUACCUGAGAGCCCUCCUACGAGCCAAUCCACCCGAACAACAAGCACAACAACAAAUCGAUCAAGAUCCCAUGAUGAAAGUCCUCAGCUCCAUGCUCGGCGGUAUCCCCGGCGCCGAAAACACGGCACCUGGUGCAGGCAUGCCGCCACAGAAUCAGGGUGAUUUAGGAAUGAAUGAUCUGGCCUCGGCACUGGGUAUUCCACCGUUGUUCUCCAAUAUGAUUUUCGGGGGAGGCGCUACACAGCAAACGCCGGAGGAGAAGAAAAGGGAGAAUAUACUGAAGUUACUGCACAUAAUUUUUGCAUUAUUUAUUGGAGUUUAUCUGGUCACGCUUGUAAGCUCGGCUGUUACGACAUAUGGAGUGAAUCCACCGCCACCUGCAACGGCGCAGAAUCCGUUUGUCGUCUUCAUGACUGGUGAGCUUGUGUUGAAUGGGGCCCGGGUGGUGUUGGGCAAGCCUCAGCAGGGGCCUCUGGCUACGGGGCUGCAGAUAUUUAGAUCACUUGUGAGAGAUAGCGGUAUCGCUAUAUUUGCGCUUGGUGUUGCAUCGUGGUGGAAUGGCGGCUGGCAGAUAUCAGCAAGUCAGUAG